ACACAGCCCUUCCUCCCGUGCCAGGGAUUGACGCGCUAUCCCCUCCGGAUCUCUGGAUCGACUCGCCUGUGCAAGGAUGGUCUACUCGCCCAGCACCUAUCUUGUCUCCGCUGCUGUCGCCGUCGUGGCGCUGCAGAUGCAGCAGGCUGCCGCCACGUCGCUCUACUACGACCCGUUCACGUCGGCCGACACGGUUGACAAGAUCAGCAGCAAGUUCCCGGCUCGCGGUGCCGAUGUGGCCGACCAGGACUGCGCCAUCACGGUGCAGGUGGACCCGACGCUGCCGGACAUCAACACCAUCUCGCCGGUGCCGGUGGAGUUCCCGGAUCUGCUGGCCAACCUGACCACGGCCCCGGCCGAGCCCAUUUCUUCGAAAGUGGGCACGGUUGUGCUGUCGGAGCAGUCCCCGGCCUCCACCGCCGACCAGGAUGCCUACGUCGGUAAGACCACGCCGUCGACGCCAGUGACGACGCCUGCCACCAAGGUGGGCAUCGAUUCGCCGUUGGCGGGUGCCGGCAAGAAGGAGCCCAAGGACUGCGCCACUGGCUGGGAGGAAAGCACUCCCGCCCGCAAGCUGCGCGACAGCGCUGUCUCCGGCCGCGAGGUCGAAAACAAGCGUCGUCUUGAGGCCACCCCCAACAAGGACAUCACCAAGCUCGAGGCCUACUUCGGCACCAAAAUGGAGAUGAACCUGGCCAAGCUGCCUACCGUCGGCGUGCACACGCCUUCGCCGUGGGCCGGCCCGUACUGGCCCACGUACCAGGACAGCAUCAACAUUGUCUGGAGCGAGAACCAGCCCAGUCCGGCUGAAAAGUACGCGACGGCCUUCGGUCUGGACCCGACGGAGUUCAUGGACAAGGUGUCCAAGGACAACGGUGUCGACUCGCAGAGCAAGCGCAAGCAGUGCUCAUCGGACAGUGACUGUUCGACCCUCACCGACGGCAGCGCCUGCGCCAUUCGUGCUGGCAAGAGCUCGGGCUACUGCAUCCCGACUUGGUUCGGAAUCUGCCACGCCUGGGCUCCGGCCGCCAUCCUCGAGGAGGAGCCGAUCUGCCCGGUGACGCACAACGGCGUGACGUUCCAGCCGCUGGACAUCAAGGCCCUCAUCUCGGACGUGUACGACGGCGCCAAUGUCGGCACCGUGUUCACGGGCACCCGCUUCAACGGCGGCACCGACUCGACCGACGAGUACGGCCGUCACUCGAGCGCGGCCUACCGCGACCUGAACCCGGCCUACUUCCACAUCGCCGCGGCCAACAUUCUUGGCAAGCUCAACACCACUUUCGUCGCGGACGUGACGGCCGACUCCCAGGUGUGGAACCAGCCCGUGCGUGGUUUCAAGGUGUACGAGCAGACCGCCAUGUCGCUCGAGGAGGCUGCCCAGACCUUCUAUGGGCUUGAGGAGUACCCGUGGAACGCCGCUGCCAAGAGCAUUGUGUACGUCAAGACGCGUCUGUCCUGGAUCGUCGAGACGUACACUGACGGUGGCCUGGUGUCCUCGGGACAAAUUGACAAGUUCACCACCGGCCAGUACUACUACUACCUGCUGGAGAUGGAUGACGAUGGAAACAUAAUCGGCGGCGAGUGGGUCUACGGCUCGGACGACGACCACCCCGAUUUCCUCUGGUUCGGCAAGGGCAAGCCCGCUGCGGAUACCGUGACCAGCAUUGGUCUGAGCUACGCCGACGUGAGCAUGCUUCUGGAGAAGUCAGUGGCGUGCUCUGCUUCGGACUCUGCUUCGGGCUCGGCUGGCACUUCCGCUUCGGCGUCUGCCUCGACUGCUGCCUCUACGUCGGGAUCCGCGACGAGCUCUGCUUCCGCCUCGACGGGAUCGGCUACGGAGGUGCCGAUUACCAGCUCGACUGCUUCUAGCACGGGCAGCGCCGCCACGGAGACCCCCGCCACCGAGGAUCCCGCUACGGAGACCCCGGCUGCUACCACCACGAGCAGUGGCCCGUCGACGACGGCGCCGGUCGCUACCCCGGCCGCUCCUGCGUCGACCACCGCCGCCCCCGCCUCGACCACCGCUGCUCCUUCGAACAACCAGGGUGGAAACCACGGCAACCAGGGUGGAAACCACGGCGGCAAGGGUGGAUACCAGCACCAACAGGACGAUGACAACCAGCAGCAGCAACAGCAGCAGCAGCAACAACAACAACAACAAGAGGAGCAGCAGCACGAGCACCCGAACCAGAGAUGGUACCAGUCGUUCUUCCACUGGUGGUAAGCCGUGCCAGCCUUUCGUGCCGGCGAGCUCGUCAAUCAACGGAGCACGAACUCAAAAAGAAAAGUGAGAGAGAAUCACGUGCACGCAUGUUGGUACGAUAAAGCGACUGAGCUCACAGCUCUGUUUCACCGUCAAUCAAAGCCGCAGCUACAUGCACACUACAGUGUUCACCUCCCUAGCUAAAAUGCUUAAGUAAGAAUUCGCGAGCG